AUGUGUGUGCUUAUAAAUGAUGAUAAAACAUUCGAGGAACACGAGAAGCCGGAUACAUUUGUAUAUCCGGAGAUGGAUCAGUAUAAGUUACAACUCUAUUCGCCAGAGGAUUGGAAGCCAGUACAAAAUGUGGAGGUACUUUUUGAAGAAUUCGAAGUAGUCACAUGUUGUGAAGAAGUUGUUUUGCGAUCUGAAGGUACUGUGUCCGGCGUACAAAACUAUCUGGCUGUUGGGACUGCUUGUAAUUAUGGUGAAGAAGUUUUGGUACGAGGUCGGAUCAUCAUUUCGGAAAUUAUAGAAGUAGUACCAGAACCAGGACAACCAACAAGUAAACAUCGAAUAAAAACGUUGUAUGAUAAGGAACAGAAAGGACCAGUUACCAGCUUAUGCUCAUGUAAUGGUUAUCUGUUAACUGGUAUGGGUCAAAAGGUGUUCAUUUGGUUAUUCAAAGAUAACAAUCUGCAAGGAAUAUCUUUCCUGGACAUGCAUUUUUAUGUUCACCAGCUAAUUGGUGUGAGGAAUCUUGCCCUUGCGUGCGAUAUGUAUCGUUCGGUAGCUCUAUUGCGGUAUCAGGAAGAAUAUAAAGCACUCUCAUUGGCUAGCCGUGAUAUGCGCUCUGAUGUUCAACCACCAAUGGCCGCUCAGUUUAUCAUCGAUAACAAACAAAUGGGAUUUGUAAUGUCUGAUGAAGCGGCCAAUAUAGCCAUUUUUAAUUAUUUGCCCGAAACACUUGAAUCACUGGGAGGCGAAAAAUUAACGUUACGAGCUGAGAUUAAUAUUGGAACAGUUGUGAACUCAUUUAUUCGAGUCAAAGGUCACAUUUCAAGUGGCUUUGUUGAAAAUGAAUUAUUUUCAUUGGAACGACAGAGUGUUUUAUUUGCUUCAUUAGAUGGAAGUUUCGGAUUUUUACGGCCUCUUACUGAAAAAGUUUUUCGACGAUUACAUAUGUUGCAACAGUUAAUGUCAUCAAUGGUACCACAACCUGCGGGUUUAAACGCCAAGGGUGCACGGGCUGCUCGACCACCAAGGCCCAAUCAUUAUCUUAAUACUCGGAAUUUGGUGGAUGGUGAUAUGGUGAUGCAGUAUUUACAUCUUUCUUUACCGGAAAAAAACGAUUUAGCGCGGAAAUUAGGGACUAGUCGUUAUCAUAUUAUCGAUGAUCUCAUUGAGAUUUGCAGGGUUACUGCGCACUACUAA